GAACUCCGCGCCCCGGGAGCCGGCAGAGGCGUCCGCGCAUGCGCACGCGUGCCCCGCCGCUGUUUGGCCGUUUCCAUGGCUACGAAGCCUGUUGGCUGGGGGUCCACCAGCGAGAAAAUGAAGCUCAAGAGCCUCCUGCUCCGGUAUUACCCGCCAGGAAUUAUGUUGGAAUAUGAAAAGAGUGGAGAGCUAAAGACCAAAUCCAUAGAUUUGCUUGAUCUCGGUCCCAGCAGUGAUGUCGAUGCGUUAGUGGAAGAGAUUCAGAAAGCAGAGCCUCUAAUUACAGCUUCACGAAAAGACCAAGUGAAACUUCUGAUACAGAGAUUACAGGAUAAACUCGGACAGCACAGCAAUCACAAAUUCUAUCUUUUUAAGGUUCUGAGAGCACAUAUACUGCCAUUGACUAACGUUGCACUUAAUAAAUCGGGCUCUCGCUUUAUCACAGGAAGCUACGAUCGGACAUGCAAACUCUGGGACACUGCAUCUGGAGAGGAGCUCCACACGCUGGAGGGCCACAGGAAUGUGGUCUAUGCCAUAGCGUUCAACAAUCCUUACGGUGACAAAAUUGCCACUGGGUCCUUCGAUAAGACUUGUAAACUAUGGAGUGCAGAAACGGGAAAAUGUUACCAUACCUUUAGGGGUCAUACAGCAGAAAUAGUGUGUUUAUCGUUCAAUCCUCAAAGCACAUUGGUGGCUACCGGAAGUAUGGACACAACGGCCAAACUGUGGGACAUUCAGAACGGAGAGGAAGUGUUCACUUUAGCGGGACAUUCAGCUGAAAUCAUCUCCUUGUCCUUUGACACCUCAGGAAACAGAAUCAUCACGGGGUCUUUCGAUCACACAGUUGUAGUGUGGGAUGCUAAUACUGGAAGGAAGGUGUAUACCUUAAUUGGGCAUUGUGCUGAGAUUAGCAGUGCCUUAUUCAACUGGGACUGCUCUCUGAUAUUAACUGGCUCUAUGGACAAAACCUGCAUGCAGCUGUGGGAUGCUAUGAAUGGAAAAUGUGUGGCAACGUUAACAGGCCAUGAUGAUGAAAUACUAGACAGCUGUUUUGAUUACACUGGAAAGCAUAUUGCAACUGCUUCAGCUGAUGGAACAGCAAGAGUUUUCAGUGCAGCCACAAGGAAAUGUAUUAGCAAACUGGAAGGCCAUGAAGGGGAAAUUUCAAAGAUUUCUUUUAACCCCCAGGGAAACCGUCUUCUAACUGGCAGUUCUGACAAAACGGCGAGAAUCUGGGAUGUUCAGACUGGUCAAUGCCUGCAGGUUCUUGAGGGGCACGCUGAUGAAAUCUUUACGUGUACUUUUAACUAUAAAGGCGACAUCAUCAUUACAGGGUCUCUGCUCAUCUUGCUGCAUUCUACAUCCAUUAUUUUAGUUGCAUUGCAGAACCGCAGGAGUGAGCUCUGUUACUGACUGCAGCAAGGAUAAUACCUGUAGGAUAUGGCGUUGACUGAAGAAAGCCAGUCGAUGAGCAAACUUGCCGGCCAUAGUGAUUAAGAUCUGGAGCUUUGCAAAUACUAAGCAAGCUGUUUUGAUAUUUUGUAUGUUUUCUCUUUUUCCUCAAAUCACCCGUUUAUACACUGUUCUUAACUUCAUGGAUGUGAUCAUUAAAACUGAUGAAGUUAUAUCAUUUCUUGAUAUUAUUUGAUGGAGAUGACAGGAAACAGCAUAAUGUUGGGCAAAUGCCACUGGUUAUUUCAAUUUUGUUUUAUUUUUUAAUAGCAUCAUGAUACUGAUAAAUGAAACCAUAGUAAUUUAACAAUGUGUCUCCUAGAUUAUACUUUGAAGAUUAUUAUUAUAAUUACUGUUGAAUAAAGUUUUGGAGAAAAUUCACUGUGAA